CAAUUUAUAAUUGUCUGAGCUACACGCAUUGCUUGUUUUCAUUCUUCGACAAGUUAUUAUUUAAAUUGUUUGAUUCCACAAUUGUAUUUUCAAUUUUUUUUUAAAUAGAACUAUAAAACAUAAAUGGCUCCGAGAAUUAGUAGUUGGCCUGUAUGGAAUAAUUUAAUAAGUACAGAUAACAAUAUAAGAUCGGCGGAUAGUUGGAUUGAAGCACGCCGAAAGGAAGAUGGCGCAGACGGGUUAUGGAGAAUUUACGAUGGAUUGUAUGAUCUUAAACAAUGGAUAUAUAAACACCCCGGAGGAUCACAAUGGCUAGAAAUUACAAAAGGUACGGAUAUCACAGAGUUAUUUGAAACGUAUCAUGUUAAUCAAAAAGCCGCAACGAAAAUGUUGCGUACAUUCUACGUGUGUCAAGCAAAGACACCGAGGAAAUCACCUUUCACGUUCAAACCCGAUGGAUUUUAUAAUAUAUUGAAGUCUAGAGUUAAUAAGAAAUUAUCUGAUAUUAACCAUCGUGAUAUUUCGAUUAAAUCUAUACUGGUUAUCGAUACUUGGUUCUUCGCAACACUAAUCCUCUGUGCGACGGUCGCUCAAACACAAAGCAAAUUUUUGGCCUUAUUAGCGGGUAUCAGUUUGGCGCUUGGAACUGUUGCCAGUCAUAAUUUCACUCACCUUAAGGACAAUUGGAGGAUGUAUUAUAUGCAGCUAAGCAUGUUUUCAGUGCGAGAAUGGAGAAUAUCGCAUGUAAUCAGUCACCACGUUUAUACCAAUACUGUACAAGACUUAGAGAUGACAUUGUUGCAUCCGUUUAUUCAUUGGUUUCCGACCAAUGACAAGCCACCAUUAGUUCGUUAUGUUCCGUAUCUUACUCUCAUUGUAUAUCCUCUCAUUGCACCAGGACAAUUUGUCAUUAGAACGUUUAAACGCAAGAAUGAUAAAGCUGACCUUCUAAUGUUCGUUAUACCUGUUAUAUUGAUGCUGUGUGGUCACAUGACCAUUGGUUCAGUGUUUAAUAUGUGGCUUAUUAUAAUACUAACGAGUAGCUUUGUGUUUUCAUUCCUUGGAUUCAGCGUUUCUCAUCAUUUUCCUAAUAAUUUCCACGACGGAGACAAUAUCAAUGGUAAAGACAUCGAUUGGGGACUUCAUCAAAUUGACACCAGCGUGGAACGAAAUGAAAUAACUGAUAAUAUAUUUGUAUCUUUGGUAACAUUUAGUGAUCACACAUUGCAUCAUUUAUUUCCAGCUUUAGAUCACAGUUUAAUACCAUUCUUACAAGAUACUUUCCUAAAUACAUGUGAAGAAUUUGGAUUGGAUAGAGCAUCGACACCAUUCACAUCUAUUAUACGCGGACAGUUUAAACAAUUGGUUCGCCUGACUCCAAACAAUCCGAAGAGAAAACAUUGUUUGAACUGACUUAAAAAUGAAAAAUGUUAUGUUUUAUUUUUGGAGUAUUUUAAAACUUAAAUUAUUAAUUCAAUUUAGCAAUUAUACGUAGAUGCUUUUUUAAUAAUUUAUUUCACUACGAAAUUUAAGCACUAGUAUAAUUAAGUGCAAAUUGACAAUUAUUAAUACAUUUUAUCAGUCAACCUGCAGGCUGCAAUCGUUUACAAGGAAUUAUAAUAUCACUCUCGUAGCUUUGAGUUAUGAUACAAAUGUAUUAAUUUAAAAUAUUUAUUAAAAUAAUACAUAUAAUAUUAUGUACCUAAUAUAUAUAUUAUGAAUUAUACAUUAUAAUUUCUAGAUAAUUUACAAUUCAAUUUUUUUCAUUAACUCAUAACAUUCCUAGUUCAUUACGAAUAGAUUACUAUAUUGAAUAAGGGUAUUAUAUAAUAUUUAUUUUUACGUUUUACCUACAUUUUAUUGGGUAGUAGACACACGAUAUUUAUAAUAAUAAUAUGUAACAAUUUCUUAUCAUUGUAUCAAUGUCUUAGGUAUCAACCACGGAUUAAAAAUCAUCAUUGAUUAAAAAUUUUAUUAAUUUAA